AGAGAAUGCAGCCAAUAGAAAACGGAUCUGUCGUGGAGGGGCGGGCCUUUGAGCGUAAACGUUAUAAGUAAGCGACUCUUAUUUGUACCCGGAGGACCAGGAAAAUGGUGGUGAUGGCGCGCCUUUCGCGGGCCGAGCGGCCGGACCUUGUCUUUGAGGAAGAGGACCUUCCUUACGAGGAGGAAAUCAUGCGGAACCAGUUCUCAGUUAAGUGCUGGCUCCGUUACAUCGAGUUCAAACAGGGGGCUCCGAAGCCUAGGCUCAAUCAGCUUUACGAGCGGGCACUCAAGCUCCUGCCCUGUAGCUACAAACUCUGGUACCGCUACUUGAAGGCGCGCCGGGCACAGGUGAAGCAUCGCUGCGUGACUGACCCCGCUUAUGAAGACGUCAACAACUGCCACGAGAGAGCCUUUGUGUUCAUGCACAAGAUGCCUCGUCUGUGGCUCGAUUAUUGCCAGUUCCUGAUGGAUCAGGGACGAGUCACACACACUCGCCGUACUUUUGACCGGGCCCUCCGGGCGCUGCCUAUCACACAGCACUCUCGAAUCUGGCCCCUAUACCUGCGCUUCCUGCGUUCCCACCCACUGCCUGAGACAGCUGUGCGGGGCUACCGACGCUUCCUCAAGCUGAGUCCUGAGAGCGCCGAGGAGUACAUUGAGUACCUCAAGUCCAGCGACCGGCUGGAUGAGGCGGCACAGCGCCUGGCCACUGUGGUAAACGACGAGCGCUUUGUGUCCAAGGCCGGCAAAUCCAACUACCAGCUGUGGCAUGAGCUGUGUGACCUCAUCUCCCAGAACCCAGACAAGGUGCAGUCCCUCAAUGUGGACGCCAUCAUCCGCGGCGGCCUCACCCGUUUCACCGACCAGCUAGGCAAGCUCUGGUGCUCGCUGGCCGACUACUAUAUCCGUAGCGGCCACUUUGAGAAGGCCCGGGAUGUGUAUGAGGAGGCCAUCCGCACCGUGAUGACCGUGCGGGACUUCACACAGGUGUUCGACAGCUACGCCCAGUUCGAGGAGCGCAUGAUCGCAGCCAAGAUGGAGACAACCUCAGAGCUGGGGCGCGAGGAGGAGGACGAUGUGGACCUGGAGCUGCGCCUGGCCCGUUUCGAGCAGCUCAUCAGCCGGCGGCCUCUGCUGCUCAACAGCGUCCUGCUGCGCCAGAACCCGCACCACGUGCACGAGUGGCACAAGCGCGUGGCCCUGCAUCAGGGCCGCCCCCGGGAGAUCAUCAACACCUACACAGAAGCUGUGCAGACUGUGGACCCUUUCAAGGCCACUGGGAAGCCCCACACCCUGUGGGUGGCGUUCGCCAAGUUUUACGAGGACAACGGGCAGUUGGAUGACGCCAGAGUCAUCCUGGAGAAGGCUACCAAGGUGAACUUCAAGCAGGUGGAUGACCUGGCCAGCGUGUGGUGCCAGUGCGGGGAGCUGGAGCUGCGGCAUGAGAACUAUGAUGAGGCCCUGCGGCUGCUUCGGAAGGCCACAGCACUGCCCGCCCGCCGGGCUGAGUACUUUGAUGGCUCGGAGCCCGUGCAGAACCGAGUGUACAAGUCCCUGAAGGUGUGGUCCAUGCUUGCCGACCUGGAGGAGAGCCUGGGCACCUUCCAGUCCACCAAGGCUGUAUACGACCGCAUCCUGGACCUGCGCAUCGCCACACCCCAGAUCAUCAUCAACUAUGCCAUGUUCCUGGAGGAGCACAAGUACUUCGAGGAGAGCUUCAAGGCCUACGAGCGUGGCAUCUCGCUGUUCAAGUGGCCCAACGUGUCGGACAUCUGGAGCACCUACCUGACCAAGUUCAUCGCCCGCUAUGGAGGACGCAAGCUGGAGCGGGCGCGGGACCUCUUCGAGCAGGCACUGGAUGGCUGCCCACCCAAAUACGCCAAAACCCUGUAUUUGCUGUAUGCGCAACUGGAGGAGGAGUGGGGCCUGGCUCGGCAUGCCAUGGCGGUGUACGACCGCGCCACCCGGGCCGUGGAGCCCACCCAGCAGUACGACAUGUUCAACAUCUACAUCAAGCGGGCCGCUGAGAUCUAUGGCGUCACCCACACGCGGGGCAUCUACCAGAAGGCUAUCGAGGUGCUGUCGGAUGAGCACGCGCGAGAGAUGUGCCUGCGCUUUGCCGACAUGGAGUGCAAGCUGGGAGAGAUCGACCGCGCCCGCGCCAUCUACAGCUUCUGCUCCCAGAUCUGCGACCCGCGGACAACCAGCGCCUUCUGGCAGACGUGGAAGCACUUCGAGGUACAGCAUGGCAACGAGGACACCAUCCGGGAGAUGCUCCGCAUCCGCCGCAGUGUGCAGGCCACCUACAACACGCAGGUCAACUUCAUGGCCUCACAGAUGCUCAAAGUGUCAGGCAGCGCCACAGGCACCGUGUCCGACCUGGCCCCAGGGCAGAGUGGCAUGGAUGACAUGAAGCUGCUGGAGCAGCGGGCGGAGCAGCUGGCGGCUGAGGCAGAGCGGGACCAGCCCUCUCGAGCCCAGAGCAAGAUCCUGUUUGUGAGGAGCGAUGCAUCCCGGGAGGAGCUGGCCGAGCUGGCCCAGCAGGCGAACCCCGACGAGAUCCAGCUGGGGGAGGAUGAGGACGAGGAUGAGAUGGACCUGGAGCCCAAUGAGGUCCGCCUGGAGCAGCAGAGUGUGCCAGCUGCCGUGUUUGGGAGCCUGAAGGAGGACUGAGCGGCCCUGCCCAACCCCCUCCCUCCCCACCCCUGGCCUGUAAUACAGCCUGCCUUUGUACAUAA